AUGGUGAGGUUUUAUUGUAGAAUGGCGUCGAACGCUCGCAAUAGUAAGUUGUCAGGUGGUAAGACCGAACAGUACGUUUUCAAUUGGAAAUUAUUCACGGGAUGGGAUUACACGAUCGGCAACCCGGAAACGGCCACUAACGUCGUAAUGGCGAACGUCAACAAAUUUCGGGAAGUUAUUGCCGAAUAUAAUGUGAACAUGAAGAAGAAAUUUGACUGUUUACAAUUUUCCCUACGUAUAUUUGCAAAUAUUCUCGUAUUUCUUCUGCAAGCUGGUUCAGUAUGGGCAAUUUUGGAAGUUAGUCAAAUAACCGAUAAAACCACCUUCAUUGAAAGGGUUCGUUUCUACUCGAAUUUGCUUCAACACGAAAAAAGUUGCAUUUGA